CAACAGACUCACUGCGACUAUCUACUCAAUGGAGAGCCCGUUCAUUACACCUGGUGCUAUGCCUACUGGCGUUGGUACUGACACUGACCAAGACACCAGCCCUGUGGAGUCCCCAACUGACUUCCUGUCCGUGCCAGGUGACGACCCUUUUCAAUAUCUCAGUGAUGUCGCGUCUCCUUCAAGUGAUAUUGAGUCCCCUCCAAGCGGAGCUGUUGCCGCAAACAGCCCGCCCAACAGCUUGCCACUUCGAGUUAUAGCUGCAUCUCCCGACAGGUACCUGCACCUUCGCCUCAAUGGAACUCCUACUCGCUCGCUACGACGUCGCGAAGAGCGACCUCUACUAGGGACAGUGAGUAGUCUCAUACCUCCAUAUCU